GAGAAGCAGCGGGAGUAAACGGCAUCUCACUCGCUGACAGAUACUGUGCUCACCAAGGGGAGACAUAAAAAGAAAUGAUCAGUUUUCUUAUUUUUUAGGUCUGUGGAUACAUUAGGGAUCGUGUGCUGACACUGUCAAGCAUCAGAUCUGAUGCUCUAAGCUGAGAUUACAAAGAAAAUGUAAAAUCAGCUGGUGUGUUCGGAUAUGUUGUGUAAAAGGCGUACCUGCGAUCAGGGUUGAAAAAAGGAUUCGAUUGCAAAGAAGAAAUUAGGACUUGCCUUUCUGUGGACAUUUCGGUCUUUUGAAUUACGAAAAUCUAGCAGAACCACUUUGUGAGACUGUGUAUGGCAUGGAAGCCGAGCUGGGCAUCCUGAGCUGAAGGCUACAGGAUAAUCGAACUGUGAACUUCAUGUACCGGUUGAGAGGGCAGUGAUAUGGGAUUUAUGGGUCGCUCUGCAGACAGCUUUAUCAAUCUAGUUGUGCGAGUAAGGCUGCAGUGGAUCAGUCUCCACCUCGUACCAAGCUCUCCGACUGAACCAGACAGGAGUCAAAUUCAGUAGGGCUGAAAAACUUUUAUUGAGAAGAUCUGCCUUUUACAGAUUAUUACAUUUUGGGGACUGUACUCUUCAGACAACUCUGAGCUCCUACGGUUAGCAUGCAGGUGUCAUUUGUGUGCACGGACCAUCGGUCCAUGAGCCGUAGCACGGAUGACCGGCUCAAUCGACAAAACGCCAACAGUCCGAACACAGGUACCCGGAGCAAGUUCAAAGCGGUGGCCAUGGUGGCCCGGAGUCUUGGUCAGCUGUCUGUCCAGAGCGUACCCUCGUCAAGUGACCAGAGCAUGAGAACUGGCAUGAAAUAUAGAAACCUGGGGAAGUCUGGCCUGAGAGUCUCAUGUCUUGGAUUAGGAACAUGGGUAACAUUUGGAGGACAGAUACCAGACGAGAUGGCUGAGCAGCUGAUGACUCUGGCAUACGAGAACGGGAUCAAUCUGUUCGACACGGCCGAGGUCUACGCUGCAGGAAAGGCAGAGCUGGUGCUGGGCAACAUCAUCAAGAAGAAAGGAUGGAGGCGCUCCAGUUUAGUCAUUACAACAAAAAUAUUUUGGGGUGGAAAAGCAGAGACAGAAAGAGGACUUUCUAGAAAACACAUUAUAGAAGGUUUAAAGGCAUCAUUGGAGAGAUUGCAGUUAGAAUACGUGGAUGUAGUUUUUGCAAACAGACCAGACCCCAACACACCCAUGGAAGAGACGGUGCGGGCGAUGACCCAUGUGAUCAAUCAGGGAAUGGCGAUGUACUGGGGCACAUCACGCUGGAGUCCAAUGGAAAUAAUGGAAGCAUAUUCUGUGGCCCGGCAGUUUAAUCAGAUUCCACCGAUCUGCGAGCAGUCGGAGUAUCACAUGUUCCAGCGAGAGAAAGUGGAGGUCCAGUUGCCCGAGCUCUUUCAUAAGAUCGGUGUUGGUGCCAUGACUUGGUCCCCGCUGGCCUGUGGAAUAAUCUCAGGGAAGUACGACAGCGGAGUGCCUCCGUACUCUCGUGCCUCCUUGAAGGGCUACCAGUGGUUGAAGGACAAGAUCUUGAGCGAGGAGGGCCGACGCCAGCAGGCGAAGCUGAAAGAGCUGCAGGCAAUCGCUGAGCGGCUGGGCUGCACGCUGCCGCAGCUGGCCAUCGCGUGGUGCCUAAGAAAUGAGGGUGUAAGUUCUGUGCUCCUCGGAGCUUCCAACACGGAGCAGCUCAUGGAAAAUAUAGGAGCAAUACAGGUUCUUCCAAAGUUGUCGUCCUCCAUCGUGCAUGAGGUGGACAGUAUCCUGGGCAACAAGCCCUACAGUAAAAAGGACUACCGCUCCUAGUGCGGGACUGGACAGGACCCGAACUUCUCCGCACCUUUGCCUGAUUGUCCGUACGCUUCAGCUUUACUGAAUGAGCACCGGCCGCAUGAGACGGGCAAGCACCCACACACCCUGGAGAGAGAGAGAGACUUUUACAACAAAAAGGGCGAGAUAAAAAGUGCAAAAUAAACAAAAAAGACGCAUUUGCAGACAAAGGGGUUGAAAUGGAAGAUAGAAAGCAAUGAAUCGAUGAUACGUGCUUACGGAUUCAUCCGUUAUACAUUCAGCUCUACAGAAAAGGUACAUUUAAAACAAAAUCAUUAGGGUAUAACCAAAACAAAAUUUAAAAACAUGCUUGCUCGAUUGCUGGAAAGUUCAGUUUUCUCUUUGCUUUUUUUAUAUUGAAUGCAGAAUAACAAAACCGGAGCAGUUGCACACGAUUCAUGCGAUCGUUUGGGUUUGCACAUAUUAUUAAUGUCAUUGAGGCCCAAAACUCUUCACUGUGUCGUCUGCGUUACGUAUGCACCCCCCAAUCCCGCAGGCAAAUCAUUUUAAGCACUUUAGAAGAAUUUCAGACGGGAGUGAGAACUGAUCCAAACGCAGCUCCUCUCCGGUGUGGAAAGGGGCAAAAAGUAAUCAAUCGCUUUCGCUUAUUCUGCACAGGGCAUUGCGUCGUUUUCGUGUCAGUUCUUUGUUUAGCCUGAUAAAGAAACGGUCCUGGCUUCUCAUCUGUCGUUGCUUUGCUAACAGGUCUUUUUAGAAACAUUGUGAUGUCAAAAUACUUCAUCAGGUGUUGUGGUUUUGAAGGGCAGCUUUGUUCGUGUGCUUGCUGAAAAUCUGUGGAGAUUGCUGAUGAAGAUGCAUUUUGGUCUUCCCUCCACAGAAAAGACCUGCACCCAGCACACGUCUAGUGUUUCAUGUACUGAAAUUAUUCACUUUAACUUAUUAAAUUUCAAAUGUAGAUCGAAUUAUCUGUAAUAGUAAUGGGAUAAGCAUGCUUCUAUCAUAACGCCAUUCUUAAUGUGAUACUGCAAAAGACUGAAUAAAUUUUAGGUCAUGUUUCAAUUCCCCCACAAAUAAAAAACAAUUUUGCAUUAAGAGUAUAAACCAUAUUUAAUAGUAGAAAAUAUAAAAAAGUAGCCUAAAGCUGGAAGUAUAGUUCACUUUUUUCCCAUAUCGAACGCACAGCCCCACAAACCAAACUUUAUUUUUUUUUAAAUAGAUACAUAGGCAUUGGACACAUUUAGUACCUCUCCUCGCCUACAGGGGUAUUUAAGUAAGUUAAGUAGGUUUAAAGAAGUGACGCCACAAGUUUAAACUCAUGUAAACAUUUUGAUGUAUAAAUUAUGAUUAGGGAUGCUUAACGAUUAAUCGUUAUUAAUCUAUUGCAGAAUAAAAGUUUUUGUUUACAUCAUAUGUGUGUGUAACCUGUGUAUAAUAAAUAUGUAUAUAUAUAUAAAUAUGCACACAUGCAUGUAUAAUUUUAAGAAAAAAAGUUAUAUAUUAAGUACAUAAAUAUACAAAUGUAUAUAUACAUGUAAACGUUUCUUAAAUAUAUACAUGAAUGUGUGUGCAUUUAUUUAUACAAAGUUAUUAUACACAGUUCACACACAUAUAUGAUGUAAACAAAAACUUUUAUUCUGCUAUAGAUUAAUUGCGAUUAAUUGUUAAGCAUCCCUAAUUAGGAUAUUUCCUGACUUCUUCACUUUUUUGGUUAUGUUUUUAACUCUUUCCCCGCCAUUGACAAAUUAUCUUGCGCUUCCCUGCUGAUGACAAGUUUUUACGACAAUCCAUAUUUUUGCUAUUAUCCACAAGAUGGUGCUCUUACCCAACUUAUAAAACACUGAAGCAUCCACUGAUCCAAAAACAGUAAAACUGUGUAGAUUUUGAUCAUCACUCUAAAUCUGAUCUCUAACAAGAGUCCUUUAUAAAAAUGAAAUUAUUUUAUAGAAACAAAUGAAGAUGGGAUGAAAUGUUUUUUUUUUUU